CGAUGCAGAUCAUUUGCAUAUUGGCUGCGACUCUGUUUGGUGUUAACGGGCAAUUACUGUUCCCGGAUGAUUUACACUCGUCGUUGAGCAAAUCUAUCAAUAAAAAAUGCGGCGAAACGCCGUACGACUACUACAAGCGGCCAGCGUCUGGUCGGAUCUACGAAAAUCCGUGGCUGGUUUUGUUGCGUCACCCGGGUGAUUGGCUACACUUUUGUCACGGAACGCUGAUCACCGAUCGUUUCGUACUAACAACGGCUAGCUGUGGAAGUGAUAUUGUUACAACAGAAAAUUCUUCAACCGCGGACCCACCGACAGAGAUCGUGCUGGGGGAGCAUGAUCUCAGCACCGAUCCGGAUUGCGUAUCCGAGCAAAACUGCUCGCUCGCGGUUCAAAUACGGACCACCGAUAGUGUUAUCCUGCAUCCAAACUUUACCUCUACCUCGUACGAAAACGACAUUGCAUUACUCGUUUUGAAUGCGUCAGUGGAAUUUAGUAAUAGUAUACGGCCCAUUUGCUUGCCGCUCUAUCCUAUCGUCACGGAUUGUGAUGAUCAUCUGUUGAAUCUGUACAACGUUAUCUGGGCCACGGGCAGUCGCCCGACGCAGAUUUGGAUGAGGCUCGUGCCGCGGGAAGUAUGUAGAGAACGGCUCCGGAAUUGGACCUCGGUCAGAAAUGGACAAAUAUGCGCUCGCAUUCAUAACAGCCUUCCGGUGGACAUGAAAGGCAGUGCCGGAUCGGCUCUGCAGAUAGAUUAUCACGGUCGCAUAUAUCAGAUCGGGGUGCUUUCCGUCGGGUUUAGCGACACUUCGUACGAUAAUCCCUACAUUUUUAUCGAUAUACCCAAACACAUUACAUGGAUAAACGAUUCCACUUAGUGAUCCAUGUGCUGUGGUUCUUGAAAAAGAACCGUUUUUCGAUGUUCUUUUGUGAUAAUGCGGGUACCGUGGCGAGGAAUAGAACUAAUUUUAUUGGAAUCACAAGGGCAAAUUUUAUGUGAUACUUUCAAGGCAUUAAAAACGAGUAGCUAGUGUAGUAUAGUGUAUAUUUUAUUUAGUAGUUAGAGGUGGA